AUGUCCAAAGCUAUUUUCAACAUUCAGAAUGGUCCAACUUUCGAAGGUAUCUCCUUCGGUGCAGAAAAAUCCAUUGCUGGUGAAGCAGUCUUCACUACUUCCUUAGUCGGUUAUCCAGAAUCCAUGACGGAUCCUUCCUAUCGUGGCCAGAUAUUAGUCUUCACACAACCUUUGAUCGGUAAUUACGGUGUCCCUGACGGUUCUGCUCGUGACGAAUUCAACCUAUUGAAAUACUUCGAAAGUCCUCACGCUCAUGUCGUUGGUAUUGUUGUCGCUGAAUACGCCUAUAAAUACUCUCAUUGGAACGCUAUUGAAUCUUUGGCUCAAUGGUGUCAAAGAGAAGGUGUCGCUGCCAUCACUGGUGUUGAUACUCGUGCUGUCGUUCAAUAUUUAAGAGAAGAAGGUUCCUCUUUAGGAAGAAUCACUAUUGGUGAUGACACUCCUUGUGAAUAUUUCGAUCCAAUGGCUACUCAUUUGGUCGAACAAGUCACUACAAAGAAACCUUUCCAUGUUGCAUCUACUUUGAAAAACCCUGUAGCAAACAUCGCACUGAUUGAUUGCGGUGUCAAAGAAAACAUUAUUAGAUGUUUAGUUGUUAGAGGCGCUAACGUCACUGUAUUCCCAUGUGAUUUCAAGAUUCAAGAAGUCGCUGAUCAAUUCGAUGGUAUCUUUUUAUCCAAUGGUCCUGGUGACCCAGCAAUGAAUGUCAAGACUAUUAAUAAUUUGAAAGAAUUAUUGAACAAUCCAAAUUUCGAUAAGAUUCCAAUCUUUGGUAUUUGUCUAGGUCAUCAAUUGUUGGCUUUAGCUAGUGGUGCUAAAACUACUAAAUUGAAAUAUGGUAAUAGAGCUCAUAAUAUCCCUGUAAUGGAUUUAAUUACUGGUCAAUGUCAUAUCACCUCUCAAAAUCAUGGUUACGCAGUAGAUGUCGAUACUUUGCCAAAGGAUCAAUGGAAACCUUACUUCAUUAACUUGAAUGAUAAGUCUAAUGAAGGUAUGAUCCAUUUGACUAAACCUAUCUUCUCUACGCAAUUCCAUCCUGAAGCUAAAGGUGGUCCAUUAGAUACCGAUAUUAUGUUUGACAAGUUCUUUCAUAACAUUGAAGUAUUCAAGACUCAUAAGAAUGAAUUGAAAGUAGAACAACCACAUAAAUCUACUAACUUGAAGCAAUUGGGCUUGAACAUCGAUGUUCUUGCCAAAGAAAGAGUUCUAUUGUAA